AUGCGCGCAUGGAAUACGGUAGCGCACGUCCACGCGGAAGUCGCGCGCCUGCUCGCGGAAGAUGCGCCCGAUGGCGGGCGCCAGGCGUGGCUCAUCGUUGCGUGCUGCACCAUGCUCUGCUUCUGGUUUGUGGGCACGACGUACUCCUGGGGCGUGCUACAAGGCGCCCUUGUAGCUGAGCGCCUCGCGCCGGCGUCGACGCUCGCGUUUGUCGGCUCCAUUGCCGUUUCGAUGCUUUCUGCGCUCGCGAUUCUCAACUCGCGGCUGUUUGGGCAACUAGGCGCGCGGCCAAUGGCGCUCGUCGGCGUGUUUUUCAUGGCCGCGUCGCAGCUCCUCGCUGGCUUCGCGACGCACAGCGUCGGCGGCCUCUUUGUCACCGCCGGCGUCAUGAUGGGCCUCGGAGUCAGCCUCUGCUUCAUGGUCAUCUCUAUUACGCCCUCGCAGUACUUCACGCGGCGCAAGGGCACAGCGCUCGGCAUCGUCUACUCUGGCGGCGGGUUCGGCGGGGCCAUCAUCUCGCUGGCGCUCGAAGCCGGCGUCCGCAACCUCGGCGUCGCGUGGACGUUCCGCCUCGUCGGCUUUCUCAUGCUUGCGACAUGCCUGCCCGCGGCAUGGUUCAUCAAGGAGCGCUUUGCGCCUAACCGCCGCGAGUUCGUCGACUGGUCCCUCUUCAAGAACCUCGACUUCGUCGCCCUCUUCAUCACCGGCGUGCUCGGCACAUUCCCGCUCUUUGUCCCUCCCUUUUUCCUGCCCCUGUACGCAACAAGCAUGGGCCUGAGCACGACGACUGGCGCAGUCCUGGUGUGUAUCUUCAACUUCUCCUCAGCGCUUGGCCGCCUAGCGACCGGCGUCCUCUCCGACCGCAUCAUGGGCCCUCUCAACACCCUCCUCCUCGUGCUCUCCAUCACGGCCGUCUCGCUCCUCGUCCUCUGGCCCACCUCUCUUUCCCUCGCGCCCCUCAUAAUCUUCGUGCUCGUCAAUGGCGCGGCAUCAGGCGGAUUCUUCGCCAUCAUGCCCACAGUCGUAUCCACUAUCAUGGGACAGCAGCGCAUGGCUGUCGCCUUUGGCAUGAUCGUGACGGGCUGGGGCGGCGGAUACCUCAUGGGCGCCCCGACGGCGGGAUACCUCCUCGCGGCGUUCGGCGGCAGCACAGAAGGCAUCAAAGCGUACCGCCCCGCCGUGUUCUGGGCGGGCGGCAUGGCGCUCGCCGCUUCGGCGAUCGUCGCGGCGCUGAGGUGGAGGAAGAGCCCUCACUGGCGGGUCAAGAUGUGA